CUCUAGACGAAAUACAUCCUAAACGCCUGCUUUCCCCAAAUUCACAGACUGAAUUCAUACGCAUGCCCCGCAAAACUUUCCUUUUUAGCUUUUCUACUUCAUCAACUUCUCCUCUGUGCCGGUCGUUAUAGUUUUUCUUCUUCGUCACCCUACAUCUUGUUAAAGCCUGCUCGGAUAGACACCAAAACCUAUAGUCAUCAAGAAACUUAGCAUUUCCAAGAUCUUCCUGCUAACUAAACAAGAGACUCUUCCUGCGUUCCACCCCAGUAAGCCCUAACGAGAAAAGAAAAAUGUCUGCCAACAGCAUGAACUCCUCCUCGGUCUCGACUGAGGUCGCUGCCUCUGAGGUGGUCACCGCGGCUUCGACCAUGGUCACUGUGGCUUCGACUAUUGAGUUUUCCGCUAAUCCUGGCAAGAUCAAUGAUGCAGCUGGCUUUAUGACUGUUGCCCGUGACGCUGUAAAGCAGACUGAACCCGGAACCAAAUUGUGGUUUGGCCUGAAGCAUUUUCCGGUUAAGGAACUAGGUCAAGAGCUCACUCCCGAAGAGAACAAUGAGAAGUUUGGCAUCAUUGAUUUUUUCGUAAAUGAUGAAGCGAAAGCAGCGCAUUUCGGUGGUGAAGUCCCCAAGGCCGUGAAAGCUAACGAUGAGAGUGAAGAACCGAUUGUAAAGGGCGGUUUGGACGCCAUUGUGGCGUCUGCUAAAGGCUGGAAACUACUUGCUGCUCCGAAAAACGAGCAGGAAAAGCUUGAGAAAGUUAAAUUCGUUUCUUACAUCCCCUUCAAAGCUGGUUCCGCAGACCAAGUCGAAAAUGUCAAGGGACUCUUACUUGCUGGCCUCGGCCUUGUUCAAGAGCACGAAUCCGGUACCCCGUUUUGGGCAGCAGUGCAGAAUCAAGAAGACCCAGAAGAAUUUGCGAUUUUGGACGCUUUUGAUGACAUUGAAGCUGUAAAGGCGCAUUUCGUGGAGCCGGCUAAAGUGCCGACCGCGGUCCAAGGAGCCUUGAAGGAGAACCCAGAAUUGAUCAAGGAUGGAUGGGAAAAGGGCGUUGUGGCGAACAUUCGCGUGUUUCGAGUAUUGGCGGUGAAGGCGGAUUUGUGAAUGUGAGUAGAUGGAGCAGUACCAAGAGUAGAGUACUUAUGAUCACAAGUGAUGUACUUGUACUAAGUUCUUGUUGAUGAAGUUAAAAGUUGAAAGAAGAUGCAGAAGCAGAUUACAAGAACGCGUUAUAAUACUUAAACAAUAAUUACUUAAGUUGGAAGAUGGUUGCCAACAUAACAACUUCGGCCCACUUGAGUUGAUCGCGUUUGUUUCUCUUCUGGAAGUAAAGUUUACUACGAGCGGACAUUGCUUAACAUGAUGUCGGUGCGGCCUAAUAUUUGUUUUGAAUCGUUUUGGGAAAAAUAUUUAGUUUUGGAUCGAUGAGGGGAUGAAGGUACUUUUUGAAAAGUAGUUUCUAAGUAAAAAGAUAUUAUCAAGUAUUGAGUGGUCGUAAAGUCGUACAACACAUAAUGAAGAACUACUUAAAUCGCUUUUCCAAGAAGAUGAACAAAUGGGAACUUGAGUGAUGUGAUACCAGUACUUUUUCAUCUUGUUCUACAAACAGGAAACAAAAGGAAUACCAUAAGUAAGAAUGUACUAUGAGUUCGUGCUAGAUCGUUGUACCAGUAGCUAGGGCCAGAAGAAGAAGAAGUAUAUCCUAUCAAAAUAGAUAAAGAAUCUAUACAUAGGAGCGCCUAGAAUUAAUUCGCUGGAACUCUUGGAAUCGAUGCUGAUAAGGUCCACACUCAAAAAACCUUCGACGUGAAAGUUGUGGAUGCCAUCAGUAUCCAGAAACCUUAUCCUGGUGGUGUAUAAAUGAAGCGUCCGCCAGAUAUGAAGCUAAUAUGGCUUAUACACAUGAUACGCUGAAAAAUUAUAGUACAUUAAGCGCAGCGUCUCU